GUGGGUGUGCAGUGGGAACUUUUCUUUAAGAUUCAAAAAUUAAAAACCAAAGCGCACCAAAUUCCCAAAAUUCCCCGCCACUGCCGCCAUGGCCAUAGAUCCCAACCACACCACCACUACAGCCACUGCCGCCAUGGCCGCCGCCAUGGCCACCGCCACAGCCACCUCCACUGUCCCCACAACCACCACGAGACCCAUAAGACCCAUAUCAUCUUCUCCUGUUCCGAAUCUGUACCCAAGCCAAGCCCUCCCAAUUCGAACCCAAUCACCAUCAGCAUCUCCAGUAGCAGCAGCAGCACAUCACAAUCAGGGGGUUCUUUACCCAGUGGCUUCUUCAGGCCGAGGCUUCAUUCCCAGGCCCAGUUGGUCCGCCACUGCCGGAGGCGAACACACAGUCACUGUGGCCAACGCCGGAGGAGGAGGAGCUGGAGCUGCCUACCCAUCUCGGCCCUUACUCAAUUUCCCUCCUCAGCAGCCUAUUUCUCUGCAUUUGAUAAGACCCACCUACAACUUGGCACCAUCUCCUCUUCCUCCUCCGAUUAAGGGCCUUCCUCUUUCUUCAACUCCCGAGGUUGCUCCAUCUUCAGUGCCUGACAGCAAUGGUUUUAAAGACAACAGGGAUAAAAGCAGAGAUGAUAACUUAGCUGUCAUCAGAGGUCGAAAAGUCAGAAUGACGGAUGGAGCUUCUCUAUAUGUUCAUUGUCGGUCAUGGUUGAGGAAUGGAGUUCCUGAAGAAUGUCAGCCACAAUAUGGCGAUACUGUAAGGUCUCUUCCAAAACCAUCACCUAUACCUAUGGCAAGUGCUACUUUGCCAAAGAAGGAGGAAGGUGAACAAGAAAAAGAAGGAAAAAAAGAUGAUAAUGAGGAUGAGGAUGAGGAGUACAUUCAACGUUCAUCACCACAUGAUCUGUUAAAAAGACAUGUCAAACGCGCCAGAAAAGUUCGAGCACGGUUAAGAGAAGAACGCUUAGGACGAAUUGCAAGGUACAAGUCUAGGCUUGCUCUUCUCCUUCCUCCUUUGGUAGAACAGUUCAGAAAUGAUCUAGCUGCUGGAAACUGACCCAAGAUUACUCUAUCAGACGUCAUUAACAUUUAGCACCUUCAAGGAUUUUCACGCCAAAUUAGUAGGUUCAUUUUUAGUUAUUUCCAACUUUGAUGGCAGAAUUGGUAAAUUCAUAUCCAAUCAAGUUCACUGUAUAAAUUGUCUUGAUCUGUUUUAUGGAUAGUUGUACAUUUGUCGCGCUUUGCUGUAAUGGUCGUCAUUGUGUCACCAUGAAACAGAUUACAAAAUGUUAGUAUAGACCUGCCCAGCCCAGGGUAGAUGUUAGGAGAAGUGGCAACUGAGUGAGGUACAUUUUUUUCCCCUGCCUUUGGUUGUAAGUUGAGUGUUAUGAAUUCUUACGGCACCAAAUAGUUCAGUUGAGACAGAUUAUUGUGAAAAUUCUUUCAGAUUCAGUUUUCAUAGAAUUUCUUUAUCAGAGGAUGUAAUGAACUGAUGAGCUUUAGACUUGUAAUGCAUAUUGUCAUAUUUUUCGAGUACUUUGUUUCAUUGUAAA